AUGCAGUCCGUCCCCACUCUCGUCGGGACCGGCGCUGCUGUUGCUGCAGCGGCCAGCGGCUUCGUGUUCGGUCAACCGUCCGAAGCCAUUCCUUCCACCACCUCACGACACCGAUCGCAUUUGCACAGUAGAACGCUGUCCGUCGAUAGAGCCUUCGAGGCUGGCUACCAACCGAACCUUUUCUUCACAUCUCGGCCGUCCACGACGACUGCGGCGGCGCCUCCCAUCACCUCCCAGAUCACCGGGCCCGCCACCGCCUCCUCGCGAGCCAUCGGGUCAAGGCCGCCCUUGUCCCGCUACCAGCGGCCGCAGACUUCACAAAUCACAUCGCCGAGAUCUUCAGUCCGAAGGCCGCCCAUACCGAGGCACCAGCUCGACCUGUCACCCUCCGUCCCUCCAGAGCCAUCGAGGGACACUCUUCCCUCCAAUGGCUCGUGGAUAAGAAGACUGUCCUUGCGCCCGUUGUCACAGCACGGCAGUGUUAGAUCCAGCCUCGUUGUCGAUUCACCUUCCGCCACCUACCCCCCGAUCUCCGCGACGCCGAUUCCUUCACGCUCGGGUCCUCCCUUACCCCCCAACAAACUUGUCAAGCGCUCUUCGUCGGCACACAGAACCACGGACGAGGAGCACCCCCCGGCCACGCGAUCCAGAGGCCUGCCCACCCUCCGUCGACCGGCGACGAGCCACCAGAGAUCCGCCAAUCUCCAGCAGUUUCGUGCCGACGUGGACAUUGCCGGAGGCCCCGUCGUCCGUCCGUAUUGCAAGUACGCAUCUGAGCAGUCGUCAAUUUGGCCGGAAGAGCUCCUUGGUGCAUCUCCUCUGGAGCGGGGGUCCGACGCGCAGUCGGCAUCUGCAUGGAAAUCGUACAUCCACUCGCGGAGAAGAAGGAGCAUAGCAACGAGCGCCGGCGUCCAGGACCGGUCGGCCGAUGCCAGUCCGUCGACCUUGACGAGGAUCUGGCCUGAAAACAACCCGCCUCAGAGAGUUCAUCUGCUCAAGCCAAGCAUGAUUUCCGCCUCGCUGGCUGCCGGCUUCUCGCUCCCCUCGAGGGGCGUCGAAAAAAAAGAAUCCGCCUGCCAUGGUGCCGAUGCUUCGAAACGUCUUGGGCCAUCGCCAGAAAUUGCUUCUGAUCACCCGACGAAGAUGAAACGAUCGCUCUCCGUGACCUUGUCGUCGGCAGCGAAUAGUUGGGUCUCGAGGACGUCGGGGAGCCUCCGUCGACCCAAACUGCGGACCGAACAGAUGAAUGGCGGCAACAAGCUGCACCUGCCACAUGCGGUCAGCGGCUCGCCGUCGGCCGCUGCCCACCGGCUUGACAACCAUGUUCCUGGUAAAUCGGCCAGUGCGACGAUCGAACCGAACCGGCAUGGGUCAACCCGUCCUUCGGUCGCCUCUAUUCAGCGGCCAUACCAUAAAAGGAACAUGUCCUCCCCACUCCCUCCGCUUACUGUCUCGAGCCUCGUUACAGCAUUCCAUGAUGAAUUGUCUCAAUUGUCCCGUUCCGGUGGAGCUGCCAUCUCUCACACUUCUCGGCCGAACCAACCGUCGGGGAGCUCGACGAGCUCUGCUGCCAUGUCCCAUAUGAGGGGGUCUCAUUUUGAAAGAUCCCCCAUCCUCGGAAGCUCCGAUGGCGACGGCCGCGGCUUCACCUCUGGCGACGACGACGACACAGAUUUUAAGAGCGACACCCUCUUCGACUCGUUGCGGACGCUCGCUUCCGGCCGUGUGGGGGUGGUGGAGACGCCCCUCGACUCCAUGUACGACGAGUCCCCCCCCAGCACCGCUGACAACGGCAGGACGAAGGGUCUGUCCAUCCAGGAGAUGCUCGGAGGGCGAGGCCGAGAUGGAGGUGAUAAUAUCCCGGAGGAGGACGAAAACACGACGACGCCGGUUCACGUCAACAGGCGUGCGGGCGCCAACUUUUCUCCUGGGGAGGAAGACCUGGCGAACAAACCCCGAUUCAUCUUGGAACCGUCGUCGCACAGCCAUGCGUCAAAAUCGGUCAAGGAUUUGGGACACUUGUCCCUCGACGACGACUUCGACGAAGAUUGGACGAGGGACGACGGCGCCCCCGCCAUCCCGUUGUCGCCGCUCUCGAAAGGCAGCACGCGCCAUUCCAGGGGCAUCAAUCCCAAAGUCCGGCUCGCCCUUGCAAGCAUCGAGGUGGAUUCUGCCCCGUCGGCAACCGCCGUCGCCGCUUGCAACGAUCGCCCUCCGAGCAACUUGUUUGACUGGAGCGAGCCAUCGCUGCCUGGCGAUCAAGGACGGGGCGGAAAUGUUCCACGGCCUAGAACUGCUUUUUCGAAACCUGAGAUGGACUCUAGGGGGGGGCGUUCGGCGAUGCGAAGGGGCCAAUCUUUCGCGCACGCCCGGAGUCAGAGUGUUCCCGUUGUGCACGACGUCAUCGACGAAUCGAAGCCCACGGGAGCCAAGUACGGCACCUGGGGGCUGGGCACCAAGACCGUCGCUGAGGAUUGGGACGAGGACUUCGAGUUUGGCGGGAACAUCACCACGCAGGAUGGCACGCCCGUCAAUGACAUGUUUGCCGUUCCCGAGUCCAUCCGUGCCACGCAACCAAGCGUCAAGGCGCACUCGGGCCACAUCCGCGAGCUGUCGCUGCUCGUCGGUGACCUAAGGCGCUUAUGUUGCCAUGGGCGGGAAAUGAGCAUGCUCGACGGAGAACAGCGAGGCUUGUGGAAGGAAGCCGAGGGGAUCAUUGCUCUUGCCUCGCCCGAUGAGGAUGACACGAACGAGGACCACGAGGACCACGAAUCCGCUUCAUCGGUCCAUCUGGAUGCUGCCGACGCGAUCGACUCACCACUCGAUGAUGGGCAUGAUGCCCCUUCCAUGAACAGGCUUGACGCUGCCAUCGAAUGCCAAGAGACGGCCAUGUCGAAAACGGCAGUUGUCCGAGAACGCCAGUCCCCCCGGCGGCGGUCUGUGGUCUCGCCAGAAGACGAUAUAUUUGGUGGCAGCUGGCCAUCGGCAGACGAGGGCUCGCAGCCCAAUCGACUAAGCCGACCUAGGACACCUGAAGGACGAGCUAGCAAGCCUGGGGAAGUCACCGGGGUGGUUCGGUCGAAGUUGGGGUCCAAGCAGCAUCACGACACUCCCACCGGACCGCUCCAGCAGCCCCGAAAUAAUACUAAUAAUAAUACUGUGCAAUUUGACACCAACAGUCUAAAGGCGUUGGUCAGGAGAGCGGGCGAACUGCGCGAUAUUCUGUCGGACAGCAUUCGCAGGGCUGAUCAAGCAACGCAAAGUCCUGCAAGAACGCCACGCCACGAAAGACACCAGGAGUCGAGCCCCGCUUUUACCCGAGUUUUUGACGACCCAGGCUCCAGCCCUCCUCGACGCAGCACGAUCCACAGUCUCGCAAACUCCUUGAUGGACCAUGAAUCUGGGGACAAGUCUCCGCGAACGCCUAUCAACCGGCGGGUUCCGUUGAUGACUGCUGCCUCGUGA